CUGGGCCCAAUUAUUAGUUUGUUUUCUUCCCAGCACGUUCUCUCUCUCUCUCUCUCUCUCUCUCUCUCUCGACUCCCUCUCUCUCCUCUUGCCCUUGGUCCCCGCCCAAGAUUCUGAAUUAUGGGCGGUCCCUUUCUCCACUCUCUGGCCAACCUUUUCGUUCUGUUAUAUAUCUGUCUCUUGGAAAAGCCCUCUAAUAUUUCUGCAAAACAAAUCUCUUUCUCUGAUUUCUUCUCUCUUACGCUGAUGGAGGAUUCGUCAGCAGACAAAGCCAGUGCCUCCAUGGCCGCACCAGAUGCCGCUCCCGAGGAGAGCGGAUGGACAUCCUACUUGCAAGAUUUCUCAAGAGAUGAAGACCACCAACAAGAGCCGACUUAUUUCUCGGUUGAUGCCAGUUUUGGCAGCCCUUCUUUGGUUUCUGAUGCCGCUUCUGGUGCGCCAUGGAACGCCAUCCUCAACAACAACAACAACAGAAGCAGCAAUCAAGCCUUCUCAUCUUCUCCCGUUGAAGUCGCAGUGCAGCCAAAGCAAUUGAGUUUCAAGAAAACAAGAACCAAAGAGAUUUCUCGAGAUGAUUCCUUGGAGGAUACUGCUAGUUCUCCCGUUAACAGCCCCAAGGUUAGCAGCUUGAAGCCGGUGGAGAGCAAUCCCAGAAAGAGAGAAGACAAUAUAGAAAGCUCUCUAAAGGGAAAAGGAGGCGGCUCUGGUUUUUGUUCAGAAUUUUACACAGAUGAUCGAGAAAACAAGAUGACUUAUGAAGACAAGAACAUUGAUGAAUAUACAGAACUGAAGAAGAGAGGGCUGUGCUUGGUUCCUUUCUCCAUGCUAGUCAACUACCUUGGUUAAUAAUCUCCCCCCACCCCCCUCUCUCUCAAUGGCAAGAAUAGUUCAAAUGUACAAAGAAAAUUCCCUCUGAUUAUAUAUAUUAAUAAUUAAUGAACACCCAGGAUCUUUAAAUUGUUCUUCUCUACAGUAAUCCUUUUCCGUACGUUUAAUUAAUUUUCCUUUCUUACAUUUACUGUACAUUAAUUUAU